UUAGUAGUUUAUAUUUACUAAAGUAAUUGUAUUUCCAUGUUCUAUGUACUGUGGGAGACCAGAUAUAGUGAAUGCAGGGUCCCCGGGGAGACCAGAUAUAGUGAAUGCAGGGUUUGGGGAGACCAGAUAUAGUGAAUGCGGGGUCCCGGGGAGACCAGAUAUAGUGAAUGCAAGGUCCGGGGAGACCGGAUAUAGUGAAUGCAGGGUCCGGGGAGACCGGAUAUAGUGAAUGCAGGGUCCGGGGGACAUCGGAUAUAGUGAAUGCAGGGUCCGGGGAGACCGGAUAUAGUGAAUGCAGGGUCCGGGAAGACCGGAUAUAGUGAAUGCAGGGUCCGGGGAGACCGGAUAUAGUGAAUGCAGGGUCCGGGGAGACCGGAUAUAGUGAAUGCAGGGUCCUGGGAGACCAGAUAUAGUGAAUGCAGGGUCCGGGG